GUUGAUUUGACGCAGGAGUACAAAGACAACAACGUAGAUGAAAUAGAUAAAAUAAAUAAACAUAAAACCCCCAAAUUCGAAAUCCAGGAUCCACCGCCACAGUGCCCUAACCUUUCUCUCUCUCUCUCUCGCUUCGUCGGCGAAGCAGUAGUAGCGUUUCUCGUUCUCAAUCUUUAGUUUUGUUGCGAUGAAGAAAGGAGCGAAGAGAAGAGGUGCUGCUUCCAAAGCAGGUCGCAAAGGUGCUGCUGUUGCGGAGAGUCAGAACGACGAUGAGGUGAUUGUGGAUUCUCUCGAGGCGUCGACGCAGGAGGAGAGUCAACAACCUAAGGAAGAUGUCACCGAGGAGAACGGGGAAGAGGCGAAGGACAACGGGGAAGAGGUGAAGGAGAAUCAGGAAGAGGAAGAGAAACCUGAUUCCUCGAAGCAGGAGAAUCAGGUCGAUGUCGCUUCAGCUUCUCAGCAGGAGGACGUCAAGGAUGAGGAGGAUGGAGAUAAGAAGAAGCCUGCUGGUCGCGGUGGUGGUAAGCGAAAGAGAGCCGCCGCGAAGAAGGAAGCUGAAGUGAAAGAUGAGAAGAAACCUGCUCCGAGAGCUAAGAAAGCUCGAGUGGUUAAACCUCAGGAAGAGCCUGAGUACUUUGAGGAAGAACGUAAUCUGGAGGGUUUGUGGAAGGCUGCAUUUCCAGUGGGGACUGAGUGGGACAAAUUGGAUGCGGUUUAUGAGUUCAAUUGGGAUUUCAAAAAUCUUGAAGAAGCAUUGGAGGAAGGUGGUUUGCUCCACGGGAAGAAAGUCUUUGUUUUUGGCUGUACAGAACCUCAGUUAGUUCCCUACAAAGGCGCAAACAAGAUUGUCCUUGUCCCGGCUGUUGUUGCUGUUGAAUCACCCUUUCCACCUUCUGAUAAGAUAGGAGUCACGUCGGUUCAGAGAGAAGUGGAGGAAAUCCUUCCAAUGAAGACGAUGAAAAUGGACUGGCUUCCUUACAUUCCGUUUGACAAAAGAGGUAGACAAGUUGAUAGGAUGAACUUUCAGAUUUUUGUCAUGACCUGUACGCAGAGGAGAGCUGCUCUCAGACAUAUGAAGGAAGAUCGUGUUAAGAAGUACGAGUACUGCCUUCCAUAUUUCUAUCAGCCAUUUAAGGAAGAUGAACUCGAACAGAGUACUGAGGUCCAAAUAAUGUUUCCCUCCGAACCGCCGGUUGUAUGUGAGUUUGACUGGGAGUUUGACGAACUUGAGGAAUUUGUGGAUAAACUGAUUGAAGAGGAAGCCUUAUCUGCAGAACAAAAAGAUGAGUUCAAAGAGUAUGUCAAAGAGCAAGUUCGAGCUGCAAAGAAAGCUAAUCGAGAGGCCAGAGAGGCUCGAAAGAAAGCAAUUGAAGAAAUGAGCGAAGAUACUAAGCAAGCCUUUCAAAGCAUGAAGUUCUACAAAUUCUACCCUCAGCCUUCACCAGAAACACCAGAUGUCAGUGGCGUCAAGUCGCCGUUCAUCAACAGAUACUAUGGAAAGGCUCAUCAAGUCCUUUGAUAUCAAAUCUUGAGAAUUCGGAAUAUCUUUUCUUGGCAGCUUCAAUAGAAAUCAGACUUACAUUUGAAUCACAGGUGCUCUCAGAAACUUUUUGAGUUUUAUUUAUAGUUAAAAAGCGAAGUUUGGACGACAAAAUGUACUUUUUACAUUUAUGAGUUUGUAUUCUCCUCCUAGAAAUACUUGAGAUCUUAGAAGUGUCACGGGAAACAACCUUUUUUCGGUGGAAAUUUGGAGACAGCAAU